AUGGAGGAAUUACCGCUUGAUCAACAGCCCGCUAUGCCGCCGCCGCCGGGCUUGGAGACUAAUUUCGUCGAUCCUCCUUCGCGACAGCCGGCUAUUAUAGCAAUGUCUGUAGUCUUCGUCUCUCUUAUGCUUCUGGUAGUGUCAGUGCGAACAUACACACGGACGCGCAUCUUGAAGUCGUGGGGUUGGGAUGAUACAACCUGCAUUAUUGCAGUUAUCGGCUCGCUUGCAAACCUGGGCAGCUUCAUGAAACUCCUCGAUCUAGGACUCGGCCUGCACAUGUGGGAUAUCCCAAUGUCGGUAUUCAUGAGCGAGUCCAAUGCCCGGUUCCUCGCCGCAGGCAUCACAUACCCCCGGACCGUGGGCUUUACCAAAAUCUCCAUCCUCCUGCUGUACAAGCGCCUCUUCCCCAUCGCGAAAAUGAAAAUCGCCAUCUGGGUCGGCAUCGCCAUAAUCGGUACUCUCUACGGCGCCUUCAUCAUCACGUCGGCCGUGAACAUCGGGAUAUGCGUAACGGUCGGGACAGACAUCAGCCCGUUCUGCGACUUUGUGCACACGGGGCUCGUGAUCUGGCAGGCUGCCACUAAUGUGGUUACGGACUUUUAUUUGGUGAUCCUGCCGAUCCCUAGCGUUUUGAAGUUGAAGUUGUCCAGGAAGAAGAAGAUCGGGCUGUGUUUGACCUUUGCGAGUGGACUUGGUGCCUGCGCCGCAAGUAUCGCCCGUCUGAUCAUCAGCGUGAAGAACGUAUACGGCGGAUGGGACGUGAUGUGGGUAUCCGGAGAACUGGCUCUGUACUCAAUCGCCGAAGUCAACAUCGGCAUCAUCGUCGCCUGCGUCUUUACCUUCCCCGUCUUCUUCACCCGGCUCGUCGAGUCUAGGGUAUGCAGCAAGCUCAAGUCUUCGCUUGGUCUCUCGGGGCAAAAUUGCGGUUCUUCCUCUGUUCUGCCUAUCCGGGAGCAACAUACUAUUAGGGCUGUGGGGCCGGGGGUGUCUGAGCCGGGGGAUUUGGCGAAGCGGCAUAUUCUCCGUGAGAGGGGGAUUUCGUGGAGUGUGGAUUCUGGGCAGUCGACUUUGGUGCCGAGGGGGGAGGAUGAUGUUAAGGAUGGAAUGAUCUAG